AUGUAUAUCAGUCACCAAGGUAACCUCACACCCCAUGAAGAGGAGGAGGAGAUAAAGGUAGUGCUAAUGGGACGAAAGAGGAAGAGAGAGCAAGAACCAGCUCAAGAAGAAGCAGAGCCCUCCUCUCUAAAGAAAAAGAGAGUGAAGAAAGUUAAAAAGAAGAGACACGUUGAGAAACAAGCCAUAGUAGAAGAUGAAGAGGCUUCAGUCUCCAUUACUGAUGACGAGUCCCAACAAGCUCUUCCUCUGUCAGCUACUUCAAGUCACAGGCCAUUGACUCUUAAGAUUAAACUAGGAUCAAACGAGCUCCUCACUACCACUGAGGACAGGGUUUCCAUAGGGACGGGCCCGUCCAUUAGUAACUAUGGAGAUGAGUGGGUGGGAGGUAGUGAUGAUAUAUCUCCUGGGGAUGGUGAUGGGAGGGACAUUAGUUUCCAGUUCAGUGGAGAAGAAGAAAUUGAGGAAGACGAGGAGGAGGCGUGGCUUGUUGCCUUGGAAACAGGUAUGGUAAAUGAGCGAGGGUAUCUCCCACAAGCUAAGGACCCUAAUGCAAUGACAGCAAGACAGAGAUCAAUGCUUGGAUCGAAAGAAGAAGAACUUUUGGAGCUACCGUUAAUGAAAAUGAAAUCUGAUGAAAUUGAGUCCGAAGAAAUGCUAUUGAAGAAAACGGAAAGAAAUAAGAAGAGGCGACUCCAGGCAAUUAAACGUAGAGAAAAACACAAGGCUGAUACUGUACAGAAAUUGUUACAAAAGCAGUCAACGAAGAAGAAAGAUGAUGAUAAAAAACAAGCCCCUCAGGUCCUCGGUCCUCAUAUUCGUUAUUAUGAUCAUGUGACUAAAGGUACUAGUCUAUCGGUCACUCCCGGUCUCCAGUUUCCUAUCCAUCGUCCAGUGUCCUCUCCAUUGCCCCCUCCUGCUCGUCCACUGUGCUCUGUGUGUUCCAGUAACCCUAAGAGAUAUUCCGAUUCAAAAACAAACCAGCCGCUAUGUAGCCUGCAGUGUUACCGUCGGUUACAAGUACAUUAAUUAUCAUUCAUUUUAUAAUCUUGUAAAAAUCAACAAAAUGUCAAUAAAGAUAUACAAUGAUAAUAGUUUGUGACAUUUGCAGCAAAGCGUA